GAGGUGCCCGAGUUCCAACGAGCAGACGCAGCCAAUAGCUUGGUUUACGAAGCCAACGUGAGGCUUAGGGACCCCGUUUACGGUUGCAUGGGCGCAAUCUCCGCUUUGCAGCAGCAGGUACAAGCCUUACAAGCUGAGGUCAACGCGGUCAAAGCCGAGAUCCUAAGGUACAAGUACCGCGAAGCUGCCAACACCAUCAUUGCCUCGACUCACGCAGCACUGGCUGUCUCCGUGGCUGAGCUGCCGCAGGCUCCGCCUACUCCGACACCCUCUCCGCCAGCUCCGGUGGGUAUCUCAGCCACUCAGCCACCGGCCAGCGCGGCUGGCUAUGGCGGUGUGUCUAAUAGACAUAUGCCUUAUAUACUUUGA